AUGCAGACCCUACUGCAGCUGGCCAUCCACCAGCUGGGCCAGCUGCUCUGCUGGGGCAGCGCCCCAAUCGAUGUGGAGGCCAUCCCGGAGCCUGAACUCGCCCUGGAAGUUUGGAGAGCUUGGCAGGGCAGCCUGGCGGCCGCCAACGCCGCCGCCGCCAGAGGACGGCCGCUGCCGUCGUUGCCGCGCCAGCAGCAGGUGUGGGUCAGCCCAGUAAGCCGCCUCAUGAGUAUGAGCCAUCCCGAUUCCCCCUUGUCGCAUCCAGAAUGUGUUGCUCGGUCCCCCUCGCAGGUCUUGGCCGCCUUUGCCGCCGCCUAUUGGCGCCCGCAGGUGCUGCGGAUAGCCUUCCCCGCCGCCAUCCCACCAGGCCUGGCCAGCCUCUCCCUGGUGGCGCAGCAGCUGCUGCACCUGGAGCUGGCAGCGCCUGCGCUGCGGCAGCUGGACACCGUGGCAGCAGCCUGCCCUCGCCUGCGCUGCCUGAGCCUGCGUGGCUGCACCGGGCUGGGAGAUGUGAGCAUGGCGACGCUUGGGCCGCACCUCACAGCGCUGCGAGCGCUUGACCUGGGUGGCCUGCCGGCCCUGACGGAUGCUGCAUGCUUCCACAUCGCCAAGCUGCCCUCCCUGGCAGCCCUCAACCUGAGUGGCACGGCCGUGGGGGACAGCGGCCUACAGCUGCUGACGUACGGCCACAGGGUGCGCGCCUGGCAGCGCGCAGAGGGUGUGGCCUCCCUGCCUCCCGAAGCGGCAGCCUGGCCGGCGCUGCCGCUCGAGCAUCUGCAGCUGGCGGGGACGCGGGCGGGCGCUGCGGGGGCAGCAGAGCUGGCGCACCUGCCGCAGCUCAGGUUUCUGGACAUGCGGCACACAGGGAUUGCUCGCCACGUGCUGGCCCCACUGCAGCGCCGCUUUGCGCUGCAGUUUGUGCAGGCCGUGGUGCUGACCAGCAGCAACACAGUGGCAGCAGCAGUGGUCAACCAGGAUGCGGUGCUGUGCCGCUGUGGGUGCAGCAGUGCCAGCCAGCCAGGCAGGGAUGGCUCGGCGCAGGUGCAGCAGUGGGAGGCUGACGGAGUCCAGAUGCUGCUGCACUGGGAUCCGGCUGCGGGCAGCCUCGUUGGAACCCAGCCGCAGCAGCGGUACUGCGGGCAUAUGGGCUGGCCCACCGGUGCUGCUUCCACCCCCGGCGCAGCAGCAGCAGCCGCCGAUGCUCAGCGGGCGGCCUGGCGCUCUUAUCAGCCUGCAGCCUGCGGCUGGCGCAUUCGGAGGCCGCCGCCGCCGUGCGGGAGCGGCCGCGGUCCAGACGUGCGGCGUGCGGUGGCGGCGGCGGCGGGUGCCCCCACCACGCUACCUGAGCUGCCGGCGCGGCCCAGCUCCCGCUGCGUGCUGCCGCUCAACUCCAUCAACGACCCCGACAACUGGGGGUUGGGUGUGAGCCCGCAGGGCAGUGGGGAGCCAGAGUACUACUGGCAGGACAGCAGCAUCAGCAACCCCAAGGAGACAGUGACGCUCAGCUGCGCGCGGGCCGGCGCCCCCAGCCCCCUGCCAAUCCACGGCUUCCGCACCGCCCAGACGCGGCCCACCUUGCACCGCAUCGUCUUCCGCUCGAGCAUGCUGGACCCUGACGUUCACCCGGCGCUGGUGAUCAACCCCCCCGGCAGCAGGCCAAGCGAGUAG